AUGCUCUGGAUGCGUUGGGCGAUUGCGGGGGCGGCGGCGGUGGCCGCUGCGCCGCUGGGGCAGCAGGUGUUUAUGGUGGAUGAAGGCACUGCACCGAAACUCGACAUGUCGUGGGCAUCACUGCGGCGCGACCGCGUGCUCCAGCUGGGCGACCAAGAGACGGUCCUCGCGUCCGAGAUGGAAAAGUGGUGGCUCCGUGCGCAGGGCCGCCGCUUUAUCGACGUGACCGAGUAUCCCGAUCUCGGCAAGGUGAACGCGCAGAAUAUGGGCGUGCUCAAAGUGCACUUUCCGGCGCUCGAGCACGGCGAGCGCCUGAAAGAGGCGUACGAGCACGUCAGCGACGCGGGGCCGCGCGCGGACCUCGCUAAAUUUACCUCGUUCUACACGCGCUACUACCGCAGCGAGAGCGGGCGCAGGAGCCAGCGGUGGCUCAUGGACCAGGUCGAGCGCCUCGCUGACCACUUUGCGACGAACACGUCCAUCUCCGAGUUUAAGCACGACUGGGAGCAGCGCACCAUCAUUUUGCGCAUCGGCGGCGCGAAUGCUUCGCGCACUGCCGAGCGCGGCGUGACGAUCCUCGGUGCGCACCAGGACAGCACGAGCUUCCUCCCGUUCCUCCGCUCGCCUGGCGCGGACGACGACGGAAGCGGCACUGUGACGCUGCUCGAGACGCUCCGUGCGCUCGGCGCCUCGCGCUGGGUCCCGGAAUCCGACGUGGAGUUCCACUUCUACUCGGCAGAGGAGGGUGGCCUGCUCGGCUCGCAGGCGGUUGCGUCUGCCUACGAACAGGACCACGUCCGUGUCCAGGCCAUGCUGCAGCAGGACAUGACGGCGUUUGUCAAGCGCGGCACCACCGAAAAGGUCGGCAUCGUGACCGACUACACGUCGCCUGCGCUCACCGACUUUGUGACACGCCUCGUCGACGCGUACCUUGACAUUCCCUACGUGCGCACCAAGACCAACUACGGCGCGAGCGACCACGCGAGCUGGGACCGUGCGGGCUACCCGAGCGCGUUUGCAAUUGAGGCUGCGUUUGAAGACUGCAACCUGCAAAACAUCCACACGUCGCGCGACACGUUUGACCACGACGAGUUCUCCUUCCCCCACAUCCUCCAGUUCGUCCGCCUGUCGAUGGCUUUUGUCGUAGAGCUCAGCGGCUGGGCAUAG